AGACACCUGUGUACUUUGUCUGUCUGUCUGACUGUCUGAAUUUUGCUAAUUCAUUUUAGUAGUUAAUUGUUGUCAUUAAUAAGAAAGGUAUUGAAAUUUCUAGGUAUCCUUUCUUGAAUAUAAUAAGUUUUGUGUGUGUUUUUAAAAUAUUUUCUUUGAGCAUGGAUAGACUUUUAAGACUGGGUGGAGGUUUAGCAAGCCUUGGGCAGGCUCCUCCUCCCACUGAUGGUUCUGUUGUUGAUACUGCUGAGCAAGUGUACAUCUCAUCAUUGGCUUUGUUAAAGAUGCUGAAACAUGGAAGGGCUGGAGUUCCUAUGGAAGUCAUGGGUCUUAUGCUUGGAGAAUUUGUUGAUGACUAUACUGUGCGUGUUAUUGAUGUUUUUGCUAUGCCACAGUCAGGAACAGGUGUUAGUGUUGAAGCUGUAGAUCCAGUUUUCCAAGCAAAAAUGUUGGACAUGUUAAAGCAAACUGGCAGGCCAGAAAUGGUAGUUGGCUGGUAUCACUCCCAUCCUGGAUUUGGUUGUUGGCUAUCUGGUGUAGACAUUAAUACACAGCAGAGCUUUGAGGCUUUGUCUGAAAGAGCUGUUGCAGUAGUUGUUGAUCCAAUUCAGAGUGUUAAAGGAAAGGUUGUAAUUGAUGCUUUCCGAUUAAUCAAUCCAAACAUGGUAGUUCUUGGUCAAGAACCAAGGCAGACUACAUCAAAUCUUGGUCAUCUCACAAAACCAUCUAUUCAGGCUCUAAUCCAUGGUUUGAAUAGGCAUUAUUAUUCAAUAUCAAUAAAUUACAGGAAGAAUGAAUUAGAGCAAAAGAUGCUUUUGAAUCUUCAUAAAAAGAGCUGGAUGGAUGGCUUGAUGUUACAAGAUUAUAAUGAACAUUCAGUCAUCAAUGAAAAAACUGUUACAGAAAUGUUGGAACUCGCAAAGGCUUACAAUAAGUCGCUUGAAGAGGAAGAUAAAAUGACACCAGAACAACUUGCUAUAAAAAAUGUUGGAAAACAGGAUCCCAAGAGACACUUAGAAGAACAUGUUGACUCCUUGAUGAAUUCUAAUAUUGUACAAUGUUUAGGUGCUAUGCUGGAUACUGUCGCUUUUCAAUGAAAUUUUCUUUUCAUCAGUCAUAUUUUAAUAAAUUCAUUGAGGGCAUGUGUUUAUAUGUUUACUCUUUUUCUACAAAGUUCAUCCUCUGUAAUUUAUUUACUUAUUUUGCAUUAAAGAGCAUUUGCUAUAUA